GCAGUCGCAUACGACACGCAGAUCCCGAAUCGUUUCGUUUCGCCACAUUGCAUUGUAAAAAUCUGAUUAAGUAUAUAUAAAAGUACGAAUCCAAAUUGUUUCGAAGAAAGGAAACAAUUACCGAUUAUUUACUUCUAAGGACUGACCCGCAACUCACUCAGGACAAACACAGCACAACGGUACAAGCUGUUUUCCGUGUAAAGAAACGGUGCUACUCUGUCAUUAAUUUCAGCAGAGAACUAGCAGGAAAACAAGAAAGAGGAAGAACUUGCAAAACGUGGUGCAAGAGUUUAGCUAUCAGUGCGUCGUUUUUGAUGCUGACCGAAUAAGAUUAAAUACAUUCUUUAUCGAAUAAAUUAUAAAAGAUCGGUAUCGAUAAACUAUGGCUGAGAAGAACGACAAGAAAGAAGAAAUUAUUUACAUGGAUGACGUGGACGAUGAAGCGAGGGAACCACUGACUUUCACACCGCUGGAAGGUGCUACGUUUAGACCGAGGUCCGGGUCUAUGCUGGAAACGGAUAACACGAACAAUCCGCGGCCAACGUCCGGUCCAGAAAUCGACGACCUUCUACCGGAUGCGAAGCCUCCGAUAGGAUUCGAUACUCGGGGAAUAGACGAUGGCCUUCUGCCGAGCCAACCUGAAAUUCCCAGACGUCCCGACGAGAAUCCGUUCUUUCCGCAACCGCCCGUUGUUCGGAUACCCGACGUGAAUAUUUAUCAACAUAAGAAAACCCUCGCUCAAGGCAUGAUGGACUUGGCUCUUCUCUCCGCUAAUGCGAAUCAAUUGCGUUAUGUUUUACAAACCGACGGUGGUCAUCCGUAUUUCUAUCCCUCUUUAACGUUGAUAGGUGUCAGCUUGCUGCUGCAAAUCGCGGUGGGAAUCGGAUUAAUUUGGAACAGUAGGUACAAUGUUAAGAACGACAAAGAAAUGUGCAAGGCUGCACGAGCAAACAAUUGGACAGUGAUCGGUAUAUUUCUCGUGACGAUUUGCAAUGUUUUUAUCUCGUCGUUCGGUGUCGUCGAUCAAGUGACAGUAGUAGCCGCACCGGCGGCGGCGGUAUAGGCGACUUCAUUAGUGAAUAAAGUUGAAAGUAUUGCAAUGACUAAAUCGCGGCUGUACGAUUGUGGAGCAUUCGGUGUAAGAAUGUUGUAAAUUGACGAUGAACAAUGUUUUCUAUAUUUGUAAG